AUGGCGCUGUCUGCGACCGACCGGGCGCUGGUGCGCGCCCUCUGGAAGAAGCUGGGCAACAACGUCGGCGUCUACACGACCGAGGCCCUGGAGAGGACCUUCCUGGUCUUCCCCUCCACCAAGAGCUACUUCCCCCACCUGGACCUGAGCCCUGGCUCCGCCCAGGUCAAAGCCCACGGCCAGAAGGUGGCGGAUGCGCUGACCCUCGCCGUCGACCACCUGGACGACCUGCCCGGCGCCCUGUCGGCUCUGAGCGACCUGCACGCGCGCAAGCUGCGCGUGGACCUGCCACCCCUGUCUCCGCAGCUCCUGUGCCACUGUCUGCUGGUGACCCUCGCCCGGCACUUCCCCGGAGACUUCAGCCCGGCCAUGCAGGCUUCGCUGGACAAGUUUCUGAGCCACGUGAUCUCGGCACUGGCCUCCAAAUAUCGCUAAACCGGGGUGGGUGGUCGCGGGACCCCC